GCAGGGCAGAGGCAAAAGCACAGAGACAAAAGUCUGCGUGUGGGUGGGGAGUGAGGGACAUGGCUAGCCUACCACGAAGCUUCAGAUCAGGAAGAGAUGACAGGUGAGGCUGGACAGGGUGGCAGAGGGUAUCCUGAAGACAGCGGGGAACCAUGAAAGACAUGGAGCAGGGGCGUGGUGAGAUUAAAUCUGUAUAGCAGAGGCAGAGGCCGGCAUCGAGGAGACAACAGUCCUGACAAGACACAGAUAAGACCAGCACUAGAGAAGAGACGGCCAGCAAGGCCGACGAGUGGAAAUCAAGGUGAUGCAGGGCAGGUGAGCCCCCACAACAGGGCUCACCUGGCAGGGCUGCAUUCCUCUCUGGAGGCUCCGGGAGAAUCCACUCGCAGGCUCAUCCAGGCUGUUCGCAGAUCCAGUUCCUGCAUUAUCCUGUCCCUCUUGGACAGAUGGGAGUGUAUUUACCCAUAUGGGGGCCACCUCAGCUGCAUCCCAUAGAGUUGCCACCCAGACCUCAGCCAGGACCUUUCAGGCCACGCGGGAGUGCCCAACCGAAGGCUUCACAGCUGCCCUCACCACCCUGCCUUCAACGGUGUCCAGAGAGGGUCAGCCAGGCCUGGGUUGGGCACGCUGUACCUUCCCCAGUCACCAGCCUGUUUCCCGGAGGAGAAGGCUGAGACCCGAGAAGGGAGCCCAGCCUGUCCCAUGCCUGCCUGGGAAGCCCUGUUCCUGCUCUGGGCCACAGCAGAGGCCACCAAGGACUGCCCUAUCCCAUGCACCUGCCGCGCCCUGGAAACCAUGGGGCUGUGGGUGGACUGCAGGGGCCGUGGGCUCACGGCCCUGCCUGCCCUGCCAGCCCGCACCCGCCACCUCCUGCUGGCCAACAACAGCCUUCAGUCCGUGCCCCCGGGAGCCUUCGACCACCUGCCCCAGCUGCAGACCCUCGAUGUGACGCAGAACCCGUGGCACUGUGACUGCAGCCUCACCUAUCUGCGCCUCUGGCUGGAGGACCGCACACCCGAGGCCCUGCUGCAGGUCCGCUGCGCCAGCCCCAGCCUCGCUGCCCAUGGCCCGCUGGGCCAGCUGACAGGCUACCAGCUGGGCAGCUGCGGCUGGCAGCUGCAGGCGUCCUGGGUGCGCUCAGGGGUCUUGUGGGACGUGGCACUGGUCGCCGUGGCUGCGCUGGGCCUGGCUCUUCUGGCUGGCCUGCUGUGUGCCACCACUGAGGUCCUGGAUUGAGCCAGGCCCCCAGAACCCCUGGUCCCAGGCCAGGGGGCCAAUCCCUGAGGCAGGUCCCCAGACUCCACCAAGCCUGGUCAGCCCAAACCACUAGAAGCCCAAAAUAAACUGGCAGCUUGGCUGUUUUAUAUAAGCUCA